AUGCCUUCGGUCAAAGACUCUGCCUCAGGCGCAUCUAGUUUUGGCUUACCAAACCUUAAUGGGUACAAACUCAAGGUCAACAUGGUCGCCGACCAGUCAAAUGUUAAUGAGUCUCUUCUGUCCGCGACUAGCUUUACUAUAUGUCCAUUCGGUUCGGUCAAUACAAAGAAUAAAAAUUAUCUUCGUUCACCUAAAAAAGACCGAAGCACACAAAUCGAGAUCGCUCUAACCGAGGAUGAUUUGGGUUCACUCAUUGCUCGAAUAAAAAACACAGAUCCUCUUUUGGCGAAUAGUCUUAGUUAUUCCGAUAUUCUAACUAACAAUAACCUAUUAAAUCACUUGCUGCCGCUACUUCUUGACAAGCUAGAAGGUAUUAUUAAAAGCAUGGAUAACACUGAUUUGACGACAGCUAACUCUGAUGUGUCUUCCGCUCAGUUAACAAACGUGAUUGAAUCUACAGGUGAGCCGGGGGGCUCGGCUAACUUCCGCAUUUCUCGCAUUUUGGGUCUGGAUUUACAAAACGAAUACAAUUCUGCUAGAGCUUUUAGAAUUCCUGCUUUUGCUCGCAGACUGCGCCUUCAAGCUGAGCGCCAAAGUGAGCGUGCGCGUCGUGGCCACCUCCGACCUGGCGACUGGAUAUGUACAGGCCUACAUACGAUAAUGCAAUCGUACGAUGUCCGUUGGCAAGAUGGCAGCAUAUCGCGUCGAGUUCCUUCUUCUGACCUUUUGGCCACGUUCUACAGCAUUGAUGAGCAUGACUUCUGUCCAGGCGAUCUUGUGCACAUCAAACAAGGUAUGUCAAACUAG